AUGACGCUGAAAAUCAACACAAAAAAAAAAGAGAAUGACGAACGAAAGCUGAAAGAAAAUCAAACGCAAGAAGCUAUGCGUUUAGAUUGGAUAAAGAAGACCAGCAAGAAAGCGACACCGUUAUUCGUUCAUCUGUUGAUGAUAUGCAGUGUCGGAGUAUAUGCAAUUUUUGGUGCUGUGGUGAUGAGAAAAUUGGAAUCACGAUCGCUGGCCGAGAUCACAACAGAAGUAGAACAACGACAUCUGGCAGAGAAGGAUGAGGCUGCCAUUGCUCGAGCACUUGAAGUUGGAUUAAGGCAUAAACGACGACGAAGGCACAACGAAACCGAUGAAGUUGAUGGACUUUUGAGACGAUUGGGAGGUGAAUGGACGAACAGGGAGAGGCGAGCAGCUGCGGAAGUCAUGAGAAGCCGAAAAUGUGUCAUCAGUGUCAUCAAACGCCUCUCCACCUAUGAUUGCAAACUCACUGAACUAGACGAACGUCUUGUAAAGGAUCUAGACAAAUGCUAUCAUGUUGCCGUUGAUCAUGAAAGCCUAACCAGCGACGUCUUGUUCAAAAAUAGCAAUGAGGAUGUGGAAACUGUAGCUGAGGAAGACGUGGAAACCGAGCCAUGGUCAUUUAUGGACUCGUUGUUAUUCGCUUUCACUGUAAUCACUACCAUAGGAUACGGUAACGUUGCGCCAAGAACGUUUGGCGGGCGCUUCUUUGUGAUUGCCUACGGCCUUAUUGGUAUUCCAUUCACUUUGUUAGCGAUUGCGGAUCUAGGCAAAUUCUUAUCCGAGAUUAUGGCCAAAUGGACGAAAUUGAUGUCGCGGUUAAAAAAGCGCUUGAUAGACGCAUGGGUCAGUAGGACAAAGCUAAAAAAUCGUUAUGAUAGUACAGCUAAGCUCAGAGGCAAUGGAAAUGCGAUUUUAGAAAAGACUCAAAGUCGAGAGGAGAUUGUGUCACUGGAAGAUGGAAAGCUUGAUGAUCCAGAGUCCGAAGUGACUACAUCUGAAGAAGAGGAGGAAGAUUCCCAGGCUUGGCCGCUUUUUGUACUAUUCGUCGUUUAUAUUGCCCUAGGAGGUGUCAUGCUUGCAUCGUAUGAACCUGAUAUGGACUUCUUCAAAGCAGUCUACUUCAACUUUGUAACUUUGACAUCAAUAGGUUUAGGUGAUAUCGUGCCAAGAAGCGAAACAUUUAUGGCGUUGACGAUCGUUUACAUUGCCGUUGGUCUUGCACUUACAACUAUAGCUAUCGAAAUAGCCGCCGAUACGCUCAAGAAACUACAUUACUAUGGCCGGAAGAUCGAGAACGUUGGAAAUGUAGCAAUUUGGUUUGGCGGAAAGAAGCUCACAGUGAAAGCCCUUGUCAAAAAUCUUGGUGAUCAGUUUAAUUUGCCCACCACUGUCGUCAAAGAUCUUGACCUGGACCACUUUGUCGACCAAGCCAUAAAAGUUGAAGAAGGCGAGAUAGAGACAUUACGGCCGCCUCCCUUCGAACCGGAUAAUAUCGACUCUGCCUUUAUGGACGAGCCCUCUCAAGAGGUGUGGAAGGGCGAUCCGACACCAUCGCCGUCACCGACUCUUCCUUCGUCACCACCUCCGCGUACACCCACGCCCGAACCAGAACCAGAGCCUGAACCCGAGCCUGAACCUGAACCUGAGCCCGAGCCCGAGCCUGAGCCUAAAGAGCCAACCCCUUCACCCACACCUCCACCUUCACCUUCACCCACUCCUUCACCAGAGCCAGUGAAGGAACCCACACCUGAACCUGAAAUAUCGCCUGAACCAAGUCCAGUGCCUACCCCUGAACCUCCACGUGAACCGACGCCAGAACCAGAGCCCGAACCAGAGCCAGAAUCAGUGCCUGAACCAGAGCCAGAACCUGAACCACUGCCAGAACCAGAACCUGAACCAGAACCAGAGCCAUUGCCAGAACCCUCUCCGAGACCUCGACAACUUACUGCAGAAGAAAUUGCUGCGCAGAGACGACGGGAAUACAGCGAAAUGGCUAAGCGAAGAUACGAAGAGUAUCAGAAGCAAUGGAAGAAAUUCCGGCAACGAGCGCAUCGGCCAAGUAUGCCGGAACAUCGACCAGGUUCAGCGGUGCCGCCAUCUCGAAGAAGUUCAGGGGCACCAUCAUCAUCAUCUAGGCGAGAGUCAAACGUGCCGUCGUCCGGAAGAAGUUCGGCGGCACAUUCCUCGAAAAACUCCACUCGACCAGGAACUCCUGAAAGCUCAUCUUGAUUCUGUAUCAUGCGAAUUAUUGUUCAUAUUGUUGUAUACUUUGUUUAUAAUUAUAAAUUGCUGACAUGAUCUGCACAAAAUUCUCUGUACUGAGUAGGUGAUUCGCGCUAGCUUAGAAAAUUUGAUUGCGAAAAAUUGUUGAGUCGAAGCAGGUCGCAUUCAUUCACACAUUUGCAACAUAAUCGUGACAAAAGACACAUUUAUCACUAAUGCUGGUUUAUUGCAUUGCCUUGUGUCGGUUUCGGCAAAUAACUGGGCUGCCAAACUCAACACUGAAAAGCAAAUUUCCCUUUCUCAUCCUUAAUUGGGAG